AUGAUGCAAUCCGGGCCGAUCAAGCUGCAUCCCGCUACGCCAUUGCUCCUACAGCUGGCAUCCUCCCACCACCACCGGCACACCAAAUUGAUUGAACGACGGCCGGUUCACCAUCUGUCACCGCCGUCACCGCAGUGGCCCGUCUACAACGCCCGGUCCAAGACACGUUCGCCCCUUGACCUCGAUAUUCAUUUCGGGCACAUGAACGUAGACGACUUGUCGAGUCACGCGGAUGCACACACACGCUCCAUCAAUGAUCAGCGAAAGGUCGGUCAAACGCCGCAGCUUCAGCCACGCAAUCGAGAGAUCUACGACGCUCCAAGAAUCGUCGGCUUCCCUGGCCAGAGUUUGCCUCUGGUUGGUGGCAAGGAAGGACUUGGAGGAGAUGUUGCUUUGCUCCCUCCUCAAGCUAUGUACGUGCGGCCCGCGUCGCACCGCAUGGCAUUGCAUCACCAGCGUCUGGCGGGCAGAUUCGAGUACGAUGCAGAAAGAACAUGGCAAAAAGAAAAAAGCCACAGGGGGGGUCAGCUCGACCGGCGGGCAGUCUCACCAGUUGGCGGCGAGGACGGUACACCACCAAGGCGCAAAAUCCCAGCCCUUUUUGUCUGUGGCUGCGGAGAUGGCAUCCAGAGUUUGGACGAAAGAGAGGGGGGCGGCCACUGUGGCUGGACGAAGGACAAAAUGAUGGAUGAUUCAGCCGCGUGUCGCAACAGCCGCUGGGGAGACAAGGCGCUCUGGAACUACUCCGGUCUCGUCCAGGAUCUCGUCACCAUCAAGAAGUCAAGUGGCUGUCUGGCCGUCCAUCGCGCACACAAACUUGCCCGAGAGAACCACUGGCAUAGCCAAGAAGGCGUGAGAGCUUCAUCGCAGCAUGGCAGAAACAGGGGACAACAGGAACUCGUGAGGACGGAUACCAUGGGGAAGUCGGUCGAAAGUGAGACUGUGGAAAUUGCCAACAAUGUGGUGCAAAAGUCAUUUUGA